AGGAAAGGUGUGCAGAACAAAGGAGUGCCCUGAACAGGUCCUCAUGGCGGGGACCAGUUUCUCGGCGCUGAUCCCGGGCAUAAGAUUGGGGAAGUUUGGGAAGACGGGCUGCUUGGAACUGGCAUUUGCGUUGUAAAGUAAAACCAUGUCAGGUAUCAAAAGGAAAAUUGAAGACAAGGACCCAGAUUAUGAAGACAUUUCAGUGGUACAUGAAAACAAAAGGCAGAAAGCUGUUGAGCAGAAUGCUCGAGAUGCCACAAUACAAAAGAUUGAAGCCAUUAUAAAAGACCAGUUUUCUUUGGAAUUGAAGAACAAGGAGCAUGAGAUUGAAGUUAUUGUGCAGCGUCUUAAUGAAGCCAGGAGGAUGAUGGAUAAGCUGAGGGCCUGCAUUGUGGCUAAUUACUACGCCAGCGCAGGGCAGCCAAAAGUUUCAGAGGGGGCAAAGAGUGACCCUUCCGUUUUCAACCACCCAGCGAUUAAGCGGUUCCUUGAGUCGCCCUCCCGUUCCUCCUCUCCGUUGAACCAGGGCUCAGAGACCCCCUCCCUGGUGCCGUCGGAGACCGAGUCCCUCACUCAGCUGAGCGAGGGGCUUGACAGAGAAGGCGAGAGCUCCUGGAAAGAGCCCAGCAAGCAGGAGCGCAGGCCGGGCAGAAACACGGGGAAGGAUACCUUUGGAGUCUCUGCCCCUCAGGAGCAAGACCAGCGCUUCACCUUCCUCACCACUGGGGAAGACUCCUCUCGCCUGUAUGUGAAGAAAACCAUUGUUGUUGGAAACGUCUCCAAGUACAUACCACCAGAUAAGAGGGAAGAAAAUGACCAGUCAACACACAAGUGGAUGGUUUAUGUCAGGGGCUCCAGAAAAGAGCCCACCAUCGAUCACUUUGUCAAAAAAGUUUGGUUCUUCCUACAUCCCAGUUACAAGCCCAAUGAUUUGGUGGAAGUCAGUGAGCCACCUUUCCACCUGACCCGGCGAGGCUGGGGGGAGUUUCCCGUUCGAGUGCAGAUACACUUCAAGGACCCCCGAAACAAACGCAUCGAUAUCAUUCACCAUCUGAAGCUUGACAGAACUUACACUGGUCUGCAGACCCUUGGUGCAGAAACGGUGGUGGACGUGGAGCUGCACCGAAACUCCCUGGGGGAGGACUUCUUCCCUUUCCCCUGCUCUUCCUCCCGCCAGCCAGCAUCUGCUCAGCCCGAUACCCCCUCCUCCGCUCCCCAGACUCCCGGGCCCUCGGCAGGCCGCUCGUCCUCCCCGGUCCGCCUCACUCAGGACUCACUCAGCACGGCAGAGAAAGGAUUCCCUAUCAAAAGUGAAGCUGGCAGAUCCACUGGCUACACCCUCCUCUCCUCAGAGCGCACACCAACUCGGCCCAAAGCCACUGAGAAAAUCACUCUUGGUUCCCAUGGGAACUCUGCCUUUCAACCAAUCACAGCAAGCUGUAAAAUCGUGCCGCAGGGACAGGCACCCAACCCUGCGGAGUCCCCUGGGAAGUCUUUCCAGCCAAUCACUAUGAGCUGCAAGAUUGUAUCAGGCUCUCCCAUCUCCACCCCCAGUCAUUCCCCCCUACCCCGCACCCCCACCUCCACCCCAGUGCACAUGAAGCCGGCUUCCUCUGUCAUCAACAACCCCUACAUCAUCGUGGACAAGCCUGGGCAGGGCAUUGGCAUGGCAUCCUCGGCUGCAGGAAGUCCAACAGGCAAGCAGUCCAGCUCCCCCCAGGUGUCUCAGGGAGCACGAUCACCAGCACCCAAAGUCCACGGCACCAGCUUCAUCACGUCGGGAGUGAAGGAAGAAUCACUGUUUGCAGCCAUGCCACCUCUCUGUCCGAUUGGAAGCCAGUCCAAGGUUCAGAGCACAAAGCCUUUGUCCGGGGGACUGGGUGCCUUCACAAAGGUCAUUAUUAAACAGGAGCCCGGGGAGGCUCCUCAACAGCAGCAACAGCAGCAGCAGCAGCAGAUGCUUGUUUCCACGGCAACCUCACAGCAGCCGGCACAGCAGUUUGUCGCAGUGAAGGGUGGUCACAUGAUUGCUGUGUCACCACAGAAACAGACCAGUGCUGCUGGUGCUGGAGCCACACAGAACAAGGUCGUGGGUAUCCCAGUGGGCUCAGCUCUGCAGUCAGCAGUGAAGCAGGCAGUGGCUAUCAGCAGUGGUCAGAUCCUGGUAGCCAAGUCCAGCCCAGCCGCCUCCAAGGUGAUGGGGCAGAAACAGGUGAUCGCCCAGGGUGUGGCCAAGGCUAUAGUGAGCGGAGCCAGUGGCACAAUUGUUGGUCAGUCCGUGCAGACCGUCACCAAGGCACAGAGCUCUUCUGCUGGGACAGCCAAGACUGGAGGCCAGGGCUCAGUUAUGGCUACGCUCCAGCUUCCAGCUAACAACCUCGCAAACCUGGCCAAUCUACCUCCAGGCACAAAACUCUACUUGACAACCAACAGCAAGAAUCCUUCAGGCAAAGGCAAGCUUCUGCUGAUACCACAGGGAGCCAUACUGCGGGCUUCUAAUCCUUCAGGCCAGCAGUCCCAAAGUGCUACUACCACAAGUGGAGGAGGUUCCCAGACUCCCACAAGCAGCAGUCUCCCCCAAAACCUAUCGUGUACCUCCUACAUCCUCAAACAAACACCACAGGGGACAUUUCUGGUGGGGCAGCCAGCCCCGCAGGGCUCCGGGAAGCAGGGAGCUGCGGGCUCCUCCGGUCACAGUGUCUCCUCCCCCUCUUCCAUCACACAGCAAGCCAUCAGGGUCACUGCUGGGCAGAAGGCGGCCAUUCUGGCUCAGGUGGUGGGAGGCACCCAGGGCCCCACGGUGAAGUUGUCAGACGGGUCAGUCAAAGCGGCUCACCUGUCGAAGCCCGGCACCACCACUCUGCGAAUGACAGGAGGCGUGAUAACUGCUGCCAGCUCUGCCGGAGCCCCGGCUGGCCUCGCCACUGUCCCCGCCGCACAGCAGCCUCCUGAAGUGGGCAGCUCCAGUCUGGCGGCCCCAGGAGCAAAGCCUGUGGUCCAGCACCCUGUGCUUGUGGCAGCCAGCCAGGCGGCUGUCAUCAGUGUGGCCAAGAGUGCCAGCAGCUCCGCAGCCACUGUGGCCAAGAGUGCCAUCCCUGCCAUGGUCACAGUGGCUAAAAGUGUCAACGUGCCAGUUGUCAGCAUCGCCAAGGGUGCCAGUUCCGCUGUGGUCAGUGUCCCUAAGAGUGCUAGUCCCUCUCUCGUCACGGCAGCAUCUCUGGUGACCAGCGGGACCACUGUGAGUGGGAAGACAGCAGCCACUCUUUCAGGCAUGCUAAAGAUCCACUCAGGCCAGUCCAACACACAACAGGCUGUUCUCACCAUCCCUGCCAACCAGCUCAAGCAGCUGGGGGUGAGCACUGCCACAGGAGGAGUGCAGACCAUACUGAUGCCCGUCAGCAAAGUUGUGCAGUCCAGCUCUGUCACUAAAGUGGCAGGAGCUGGUGUUGGACCUACAGCAGCCAGUACACCCAGCACAGUUCCCAGUGGUUCUGCACAGCACCCCCCGUUGACAUCCACAGCACAGGUGAAGACAGAGCCUGGUGUGGCAGGACCCAGUACCAGUAGUGCAGCAGUACCCUCAGUGACGGCUCCCAUGACAGUGAAAGUCGAGCAAGGCACUGAGAUACCUCACGAAUACAUCAACACGGAUCAUGUGGAGAACCUGCACCAGUUAUUAACAGCUGUGGUGAAAAAAAUUCCACUCAUUGUACCGGAAAAAACUGAAGAUUCCAGUGCUUUCUGUGCAGUCUCCCUUGAGCAGUACUACAGCUGGAACAUUGGGAAACGAAGGGCAGCAGAGCUGCAGCGGGCAGUGGCUGUAAAGAAGGCUGUUCAAGAGGUGAUUGAGAAAUUGCCCAAGUUUUCCAGCAUUGCACCUCCAAAAACCAAGCAGGUCAUGCAGUGGUGCCGUCAGCGUGGCUACACACCACCUGACUUAGAGCCCAGGAGGACUGAAGAGGACUCGAUAGAGGACAUUCUGACUCAGAUCGAUAACGAGCCAGAGUGCCCUUCCACCCUGUACGGGGCAGGGGAGCUGUGUCAGAGGCUGGAGGAGCUGCAGAGGCUCCUGAAGACAGAACCAGAGGAAGAGGAGGAGAUACUGGACAUUGUGAGCGUGAAGGAGCCCGUCAAGGUCGAGAUCAAGAUGGAAGAAGAGGAGCUCAAUCAGGAGUCCAAAUUCUAUAUAGGAGCUUCACCAUCUGCCCAGUUCAUCAGAGACUGUGCCCAACAGAUUGGAGUUCCAUUCCAACAGGUUGAAGUGGAAAAGAAUGUUUAUGCACCAGCAGUAGAAGAAAUGAUUCUAAAGGCAACUGAGCAGCUUGCAAGUGAAGUUUUGAGAGAAGCUCUGGCUGUGGCCUAUAAAAAGUCUCCCCAAAACAGGGUACCCAGAGAGAUAACUGCCAUGAACAUCCAUCAAGCUGUCAGCACCAUUCCAGCCUGUGACUUCCUCACUAAUAAACACAUGGGUGUCCUCAUAAAGGAGGGCCAUGCAGACUGAAACCCACUCUUGCUGCGAAUGCGACUUUGAGUUGCAGUUUGACAUGCUUGUUAAUGAAAGGAGCUGAAACAAGAGAUGCUUUAGAGUAUGAAUAGACUGAGUUUGAAUAGUCCUGAAAUUGAGCAGUACUGUAAAGACAGUUUGCAGCAGUACCAAGGUUAGAGAUAAAAGCUAAGAGGCACUGAAUGCCCAAGUGAAUUCCUAAAAAGUCGCUGCAGACAAUUAUAGUUGUUCUACCUUGAAUGACCUACUCAGGACGAGGACCUUCCAAUAUUCUGCUGGGUGAUUUGCAACUGCAGAAAUUCUUGUAUUCACAUACCUGGAAACAUCUUUUAGGACAAAACCCAAUAGCAUUGAUGGCCAUUUGAUGCUGUAUGAAGAGUCAUUCUGGGUUUGUUCGUUGUGCCCCUGUUGAUGUGGUCUUUGCUGAGUAUAACACCUGUGGUUUGAUCCCUUCAUAGAUACCUUGCAAGUGGUUUUUCCUUUUGUCAUUCUCCUCAAGUAUUCAAGUAGGAGAGGGAAAGAAGGAUGAUGCAUUAACAAGCGCUUGUUUCUUCUCCUGGUCGGAUGCCUGAGAGUAAUGAGAGUCGGAGAUUUAUGACAAAGUGUUAAUAUCAAUACAGUGGGAAUUGAAGAGAAAAUCCAGUGUUGUGCAAAAUGUAUGAAUAAAUAGCAUGAAUUUAAUUAUUUCAACUAAGAAGAACAAGGAUUCUUUUGCCAUUGAUGUCUGCAGCCCUAAGUAUGAAUCUUGAACUGUCACAACUGGGCGACAGAGUGUUUUCAUAUUGCUUUGAGGCUCAUUAAGUUUAACAACUGCGAUUUCCAAAGGUCUGCAUCUUGUUAUUUGUGGUAAAUGGUAAUGGCGUUGGAUUUUACAGUAACAUUUGUAUUGUUUUAGAAGGCUGUGGUAAAUAAGAUGAAUACAUAUUAUAAAAUUGUAUUUUAACUGUUUAUCAACAGAGGGAACAAAAGAAGAUUGAUCUUAUAUUUGUACUAAUGCAAGCUUUUUCAAACAGUAUCCAACCAGAUAUCUGUAGGUGAAUGUUUCACUCUUAAUGCCAUACUGUGUUGCAGGUAAUUCAGAAGAUUACAGUCAGACUUUCAUUGGACUUGUCUUGACUUCAUCAUAUGAAGGGAUCAACUCAAACUUUAAAAAGACGUUUCAAUACUAACACUGGCCUUGCAGUGUGGAGCUAUCUUAUUCAUACUGUGGCCUGUCGGGAGACCCUCUUGUCUGUUCUGUUGUUUACAUGGGCAGUGUAUUCUCGUCAGUAAUAGGCUUAUAUUUGUACUUCACACCCCAGUCACAAUAAACAGUCAUAUUGGCUGUUUUAGCAAAUAUUUAAUUUCUAGUAUUAUGUGGAAAUUUAUUACCAUUUUAUUGUCAUUCCAAAUGUGCAAAGAUUGAUAUUCUUAUAUUAAAACCACAAACUAAACUAUGA